GUGUAGUGAGUCAGUCUGUGUAGUGAGUCAGUCUGUGUAGUGAGUCAGUCUGUGUAGUGAGUCUGUUUGUGUUGCAGGCCUGAUGGGAGUGUUCCAGACCAGCCUCCUCCUGUGCCUUCUCAGUGGAUUCCUCCAUCUGCACGAGGCUGCAGGCGAUGCUUGGGGAGUAAACUAUGAGCAGUUGCUGGUGACUGCAACAGAGGAAGCAGAGGUGGAACUCCCCUGCCGGUUCUGGUUCCCCUCAGGAGAAGGAAACGUUUCACGAGUCAGGUGGACGAGAGAUGGCACUGCAGCCACAGCAGAUAACAUCGUCUACAGCUCCACGUCAACAGGGGUGGCUGUGACCUACAGAUGGCGGACCUCCUUGAGCAGAGAUCUCAGCAGCGGUAGCUGCGUUCUCAAGAUCAAGAAUGUCGCAGUCUCAGAUGCCACCACCUACUACUUCAGAUUUGAGUUGGAGACCCAGGAGUACACUGGGACACCAGGAGUUCAGCUUCGUGUGAUAUGUGGUGCUGGGUUGACUGUUGCCUUUGCGAGCUACGGACACUCGCUGGGGGUGCGGGAGGGAGACCGGGCGCUGCUGCCCUGCGCCUUCUGCUUCUCGUGGGGUCGCCGUGACUACAGUGUGCAGGGCUACUGGCUCAUUAACAAUGCCUUUGACGAGACAAGGACAGAGAACAUUGUCUACAGCUCAGUGAGGAACACCAGCCACAUAGCGGAGUACAGGGGGAGAGUGGCGCUGGUGGGGAGUCUGAGCUCGGGGAGCUGCUCCCUGGAGAUCAGAGACGCGAUGAAGAGAGACUCGAUGACAUAUUUCUUCCGCGCUAACGUCGACCAUAGAACUAAGCUCAUUGAAAAAUCAGGGAUUACAAUUACAGUCUUUAACAGAUCAUUCACUCCAGACAUUGAGGGAAGCAAGAGACUGAUCGAGAAAGCGGGGACACGAGCCACUCUGAACUGCAGAACCACGAACUCCCAGCAAGCAGACAACUUUAAGUGGUGGAAGUACAGAUCAGAUGGCCAGUACGAGAGUUUGUUUGAGAGAAGGAGUCUGCUGACCUUGGAAGCUGUGGCUGUAACAGACGUGGGCUGGUACGGAUGUGAAGUGACGAGCCCCAACACAAACAGCAAAUAUUCAUGGACGGAGCUGCAGGUUUUCUCCUUUCCACCGGCCCAGUCAGAGCUCCGUGCCACCGUGCCGGCCACCCUGGGCUGCAGCGUGGACGCCGUGGUCCCCAUGGACUCUGUCACUGUCCGCUGGCUCCUGGUCGACGCCGUCAAGUGGACAAACUCAAGUGGACAAACUAAGUUCAACACGUGGACAAACUCAACCUCCCCGAGUCAAUCUCCAGCAGACGGGACGUUCACCGUGACGAGCUGGCUCAGCUUCACCCCGUCAGCCGAGGACCAUGGAAGGAGAUGUCGCUGUGAAGCCUCGGGAGGCGACCUGGCCUCAACGAUGGUCCAAGAAUUCAUCCUGGACGUGAAGUAUGCACCGGUGGUGGUGAACCUCUCUCAGGAUGAGACGUGUGGGGGUGGAAGUGACCUCUGCAUCCUCUGCGAGGUGAAGGCGAAUCCUCGUGCCACCAUCACCUGGAGAACCGUGGGGAGUGAUGCAUCAGAAUGGAACCAGACCCAGCGUGGGGAUGGAACCCUGACUCGGAGCUCCGUGGUUAUGAACCGAUCACAGGAACAGAUUGUUACCUGUGUGGCGGCAAACGAGGUCGGCGAGACCGAGGCCGUCUUUGACAUUCAAGGCGGCGCGGGCACUGGAUGCUGGUGCGUCCUGUCCCUCCUGGCUCCGGUGGUCGCCUGGAUGGCCGUAGGGCUUUGUCUGCUGCUGCUGCUGUGGCGAGGAGCGGGAGAGGGUGGCGCUGGCGUCCAUGACAAGGCUCGGUCCGUCCAUGGCACGGACACGGAGGGCAUUCGCAUUAAAGUGGCAACUCCACCCACGGACCUCCGUUCAUCACUAGAUUAGGACAGCAAGGCGUCGAGAUAAUCUCAUGGGGCUGUUAGUUAACACCGGGUGGUUCAUGGGUAGCUAAAACAAGUCUUCCAUUAAUUGACACAUUUACAGUAGCAUAAUUUGAAUUUAAUUUGGAGAAAAACCUAACAAAUAGAAAUGUUAGUCUCAAGUGUAGAUUUCAAUAAACCCGGUUUAGACUGGGGCCUGGGGGUUUGACUGCCCUGCUUUGACAGAGUUCAGGGAUCUUUAUUGAGCAGCAGUUGUACCACAAGCGAACCACUGCAGAAGGUCCUCUAGACAUGGUCAUCAGCACUUUCAACCAUGAUUGUGCUUUUUUAUUGUUUAAAAGGCGAAUAUAAAUAAUGUGUUUACUAGAACUGAGUUUGCUAACAAAUUGUGAUAAUUGUGCGUAACUUGACAAUAUAUUUAGCCUGAUAAGCGCCCCCACAUUAAUAUUAGAGUUGGAAGGACCUCUCGUAGCACUGACAAUAUUCAAAUUCCCUUCCCCUAAUUUACAUGUUUUCGCUUUACAGUGUUUUUGUUAUAAUCCCAAUGUUUUCCUUUGGACAUGGAUUUUGCGUAAUCGGAGAUAUCACAUAAUGAGUGGCAGAAUUUAUGUUACGCGAAUAACUACACACAAUAUCCAACUCCACUGACGCAAACAUGGAUAUGCACGCUUUAUUGUAUUGUUCUGCUGAAAUAUCAAUCAAAUAUGAUGGUCAUGUACUUAUGCAGAUUAAAUACAUUUCUAUUUGUGAAAGCAUCAGCC